GCAGGCGCUGCGUGAGCUGGGCUGACCGCCUAUUGAUGGGAAAACAAGCGACUGGAGGAGGACAGAUCAGGGCGGCUGUGGGCAAACGUGUGAGGGAAGGGAUACGGACGGAGCUUCAAGACAUCUCGAUUGCCCUUACUUUUUUCAAGAUUGCCUCUUAUUCACUGUGGUUUUGAAUGUAGCAUCUGAUCCUCGGUGAGAUUAGCACCAGAGCAAGGCUGAGACAGCGCCUAUUCUUGCCUGAGAAGGUCCUGCCAACAAACAGGAACAUCACAUCCUCCAUUGCAGGGCUCAGAAACUGACUCACCAGGGGAUACCAUGGAAGCCCCUCUUGUUUGUUUGGAUGAGGAGUUUGAAGACCUCCGGCCUUGCCGUAUCGAGGAGUUUGACCACCCGGCACUCAACCACCCCUCUUACACCACCAGCACCGUCCCGUUGGUUUCCAUCACCCGAGAGGAUUUCUCCGAGCUGGAGAACUUUUCUGAGAUGAUGAGCUUCAAGUCGAUGGAGGACCUGGUCAAUGAGUUUGAUGAGAAGCUCAACGUCUGCUUCCACAAUUACAACACCAAGACCGAGGGCCUGGCGCCGAUACGCAACCAGACACAAAACCAAGAGGAUGAGGAGCGGCUGCAGGAUGAAGAUGUGUGGGACGCUCUAACUGACAAUUACAUAGCUGCAUGGGACGGUGCCGACUCUGAGGGAUUCAACGGAAAUCUUUCUGACAAAGAGAUCCAUGAAAAGGAGGAGGAAGAAAUGAAUGAAAAGAACGACAAUGCCAACUGUUUGAACGAAGAGCCUCUCAUCACAGCAGAUCAGGUCAUUGAGGAGAUAGCGGAGAUGAUGGAAAACUCCCCAGACCCUGGCGAAACCGAAGAAGAGGAUGAAGAGGAGAGCAGCGUUUGCUCCUCUAGGACUCGCCCGUCCCUGCUGGAGGAGAUACGACAACUGUCCCAGGCCUCCAACAACAACUGCUCUUAUGAAGGCUUAAGUUUGAUGCCCAGUUCCGCGUUGGUUGAGCUGUUGCACCGCGUGGAAGCCGCAAUCCGAGAGUACUCCGAGGAACUGGUCAGUCAGCUGGCGAGGCGCGACGAGCUGGAAUUUGAAAAAGAGGUGAAGAACACGUUCAUCACCGCCCUGAUCGAGGUGCAGAACAGGGUGAAGGAGCAGCGAGACAGUAGCAAACGCCGACGCCGGGAUAAAGCUUUGAGCCUGCAGGGAGGAGUGAGUGCGGUGUCUGUGAACGCUGGCAAUACUAGCACUGCUGCUCGCGUGGAGAAAACGGCAAGCAUGCCUGUCAAGCGCUUCAGUAUGGAAGGACUGUCCAACAUCCUGCAGACGGGCAUCAGGCAGACUUUUGGGAGCACAGGGAAUGAGAAACAGUAUCUGAACACUGUCAUCCCUUACGAGAAGAAAGGCAGCCCACCAUCUGUUGAUGACCUGCAGAUGCUCACAAAAAUUCUUUUCGCCAUAAAAGAAGACAGCGAGAAGGUGCCUACCCUGCUAACUGACUACAUAUUAAAAGUCUUGUGUCCUACCUAAAAGCAUCGUCCCAGCCUGGGGGGCCACAGUGUGACAGGGACCUCCUCCUUUUGCCGCUGGCCCGAGCAGCAUGACCCUUGACCCACCUCCUCAUUGGCCAUUAUCCCACAGCAUCGACAUCAUUGUAUUCACUUCAACUAUGACGACUGCCUCUUGCUGAGCUCAUCCUUCUCCCUCCUUGCACUUAAUCAUGCUUUCGCCAGCCACUGAAAUAUUCAAUGUGGGACAGCCAGACCCCUCUUUCAAAGGACUUCACAAAUGGAGCAUGACUUGCUGCAUUUUAAUCCCGUUUUCGUUAAUAUUUAUUCUCAUCAUAAUUCACGAGAGGAACACUGCAUUCAUAAACGAAAACCCUCCCUGUAUUGUUUCAAUUAAAAGGAAUUGAUUUGAAUACACAGGCCAAGCACUGUUUUCUGACCACUGUCGCGGAAUGAGAGAACAACAACAAUUCAGGUGCAGUGCAUUAUUCUUGUUUCCUGUUCCUUUAUUUCACUGCGAAAUCGCAGUAUUUUGUAAUCUCUUUUCAUUUGUAUCAAACCUUUGAUAGAAAGUGAUUUUUCUACUUUCGUUUAAGUGUCACCAGAGUGACGGGCUGCCGUGUAUUCCGUAUGAAUCCGUUCAAAUGGACACGUUCCACAUUUAACCUCGGAUGUGGACCCUAGAGGUCGACUCGUCCAAGAAAAGUGCAAACAUUCGCAUAUUGAGAUGUGUAAAUGAAUCAUACAUUGCUGAAGUGCAACUUCUAAUAAACACGCUACCCUCAA